AAAUGUGGGUGUUUAUUCCACCAGCUGUUUCUGUGUGGUGACUAUUGUCUGUCCAUCUCUUAUGAGUCUCCAGAGUGCUGAUGUCACCGUGAUGCCAGACCCGGGUUCCAGCCUUCUGGGAGGGUCGUGACUACCCAGGAGGCGCGGUCUAGAGCGGAGCUAAAGAACUUAGUUAGCCAACCUUGGAUGAUCACUGAGAUUAUCUAUUCCUCCAGAGAAACACCUUGCGGUCUCUGCCCUCCGCCCCUCUUCUUUUUCUUCUUCCUCCUCGUCCUCCUAUCAACACACCCUCUGCUUGAAGAUGGUUUUCAAGGAAGAUGCGCCGCUCUGAAAUUCCCAUUGACCUUCGGAUCUUCCCAGCAGCAGUAGCAGCACCGAGCGACGCGCUGCUGCCGCUUCCUCCCCGAUCUCUCUGACUGCCUCGCAGCCGUUGGAUCCGUUGUUUUUUUUUUUUGUUUUUUUCCUCCCAACCAACCAAGACCGAGGCAGAUGCUCCUCGCUCUGUCAUCCCGGCGGCUUGUACUAUGGUGGAGUUCCCAUCCCUCAGUCCUUACUGGCCUCUCCUCCGCUUUCUGGUGCCUCUGGCUAUCACCAAUGUUGCCAUCGACCUCGGGGAACAGGCUCUCAACAGGGGCAUAGCCACCGUCAAGGAGGACACGGUGGAGAUGCUGGCCAGCUAUGGCUUGGCAUACUCCCUGAUGAAGUUCUUCACCGGUCCCAUGAGCGACUUCAAGAACGUGGGCUUAGUGUUUGUCAACAGCAGGCGCGACCGGAGGAAGGCUGUGUUCUGCAUGCUGACAGCCGGGGUCAUCGCAUUCGCCCUCCAUAUCUUGAUAGCUUACACAGAUUUAGGGUACUACAUUAUCAAUAAGCUCCACCAUGUGGAUGAAUCUGUUGGGCAAAAGACAAGAAAGGCGUUCUUUUACCUUGCUGCAUUCCCUUUGCUGGAUGCAAUGGCAUGGAUUCACGCAGGCAUCCUUCUCAAGCACAAGUUCAGCGUCAUUGUGGGCUCUGCCUCCAUCUCUGAUGUCGUGGCUCAGAUUGUGUUCGUGGCCAUUUUGCUGCACAGUAAUCUGGAAUGCGUGGAGCCGCUGCUCAUCCCCAUCCUUUCCUUGUACAUGGGUGCUUUGGUCCGCUUCAGCAUUGUCGGUAUCGGCUACUACUGCAACAUCCAUGACAACGUCCCAGAGUCCAGCGGGCUUGACGUUGGGGGGGACGCCACAAUCAAAAAGAUGCUAAGCUUCUGGUGGCCCCUGGCCCUCAUCUUGGCCACGCAGCGGAUCAGUCGGCCCAUCGUCAACCUCUUCGUGUCUCGAGACCUGAAGGGGUCCGCCGAUGCCACAGAGGCCGUGGCAGUGCUCACAGCCACAUACCCUGUCGGUCACAUGCCCUACGGCUGGUUAACUGAGCUCAGAGCAGUGUACCCUGCCUUUGACAAGAACAAUCCCAGCAUCAAGAUGAACGCUGGCAGCCCGGUCAACAAGUCGCACAUUAAAAAGUUCACCUUCUGCUGUCUGGCCUUGUCACUCACGCUUUGCUUCGUGCUGUUCUGGAGUCCGCAUUUGUCAGAGAAGAUCCUGGUGGACGUCAUCGGAGUCGAGUACAGCUUCGCUACGCUCUGCGUGGUGCCGCUUCGGAUCUUCUCCUUCUUCCCAAUGCCAGUAACGGUUCGGGCUCAUCUGACAGGAUGGCUCAUGACCCUGAAAAAGACCUUCGUCCUGGCUCCCAGCUCGGUUCUCCGUAUCGUUGUGCUGAUCAUCAGUCUGGUUGUGCUGCCAUACAUGGGGGUCCAUGGGGCCACACUCGGCGUCGGGUCUCUGUUGGCUGGUUUCGUUGGAGAGUCUGCGAUGGUCGCCAUAGCAGCCUGUUAUGUUUACAGACAACAGAGAAACAGCGAGAUGUCCAACGAGCUGGUGGUGGAGGCCGAAGACUCUGCCCCGAUGAGCCAGGUGAGUUCCCCCAACCAGAUGGACGCCAUCGAGGAGCUUCAGGAGGAAGAGGAGGCGGAGCAGGAAUGAGCUUCGACGACAUAGGAAGAGGACCUCGAGCUGGAAGGUCUGCUGAAAAUGGGGACAGCUCGUUGUCCCGAGUCGUAGACUGGAAAAGAGUUUGGGUCCGGAGGUCCUCGACCUGCACACUAUCAAAACGCACAUUGUAAAGAAAGCCAUGCACCUCCAGUCCAUCAUUGUAAAUACAGUCUUUAGUUAGCCCUGUCCCUCUAGCUGGUUGUGUAUCCUUUCUUGUGUUUUCACUGGCGAACAAGGGAAACUGACACAGGAGACCUCUUCCUCCUCAGCAGCGGGAACGACAAGCCAAGUGGUUGUGGACUUGCCAAAAAAAAAGAACAAAAUUGAAGCUGAAUAUUUCAUGUUUAUCAAAGAUUAGGCAGCCGGACCUCGGUUGGAUUCAAACGCAGACACAAUGUGGAAGUUGUUGGGUUGUGCAAUCGUAUUUUACAUACAACGUUGUAGAGAUUCUUGUUUUUGAUGAAUGGUGUACAUUUAAAUGCUGCAAAGGGAUCAGGAAUCCCUCAUCAAACCACUGCGUGUUAAAGAAUACAGUUCUGAUGUUUUCAUUUCAGUGGAGUCUGGGAGUCAGACCCGCUUCUUGUUUUUGCCAAGCCUUUUUCCUGCUAGGAUUCAGACUGUCAUAUGUACUGUAUAUACUGUAUAGGCAUUCUUAUUUGCAAAUAAAUCGCUUUAUUAUUAAA